AUGUCAACUCACGCUUUAAAGAAAUUAGUAAAAAAAUUUGCUAAGAAGUCCUCUUCUACAGAUGACCCUAUAGAAAACCUUAAUGAAGAUUCUAAAAAAAUUAUCCAUCAAUGGGCAAAAAUGGUACGAGCAAAAUACAAGAAUGAUAAUAAUUACGAUGACGAUGAUUUAUAUUAUGAGGACCCAUUGCUUUUAAUUGAAUGGAACGAUGCAGGUUUAAAUAGCAGAAGACUUGCUGAUCCUCGACACACAAAAAUGGCUUUAGUUAAUUUGAUUCGAGGGCAACCAGGUUAUUUACAAUUCCCUCCGACAGGCAUUCCAUCAGAAUGUUCGUUUUCCUUCGUAAAUACUCCAGCACUCCCAUCAAAUCAAGCAUUAGUCAACACGAUUGGAGUGCUCGUCAUCAACAAUUGGUCUAGGCAUGCCCCUGGAAUUCCGGAUGUUGGCCGGGUUUAUGAAAUCUAUGCCCCUAGAAAAGGGCAAUUUCAUAUUACUGAACAUCAAUAUGUGUUCAAUCUUUGA